GAUACCCAGAGACCCUCCAGGACCAGAAGCAGAAGACGAUGGACAUCCAGACGAGUCAGGUGGUUCGUGGUCUCGGCGCCAUGGAGAGUCUGGAGCAGCAGCUCAGCUGCCCGAUCUGCCUCGACAUGUUCACCAAACCCGUGGUCAUCCUCCCCUGCCAGCACAACUUGUGCCGCGGCUGCGCCAACGACCUCUACGAGUCCAAGAACCCCUACCACUACUCCGGGGGGACCUUCCGCUGCCCUACCUGCCGCUUCGACGUGGUCCUGGACCGGCACGGCGUGUACGGGCUGCAGAGGAACCUGCUGGUGGAGAACAUCAUCGACAUGUACAAGCAGCAGCAGGAGAGCAAAGGGGGCGACGCCGAGGAGCUGCCGCUGAAGGACAAGGACGACAAGGAGCCGAAGUGUAAAGAGCACGAAGAUGAGCGCAUCAACAUCUACUGCGUCAGCUGCCAGACGCCCACCUGCUCCAUGUGCAAGGUAUUCGGGCAGCACAAGGACUGCGAGGUGUCGCCGCUGCACGCUGUCUACCAGAGCCAGAAGGCAGAGCUGCGCUCCGCCGUGGAGCGGCUCGCCGCCGCCAACGGCCUCGUCCAAGUGGUCGUGGCGCAGACGGACGAAACGUGCAAGCGGAUCCAGGAGAACGGCGAGCUGCAGCGCAGGCGGCUCGGCGAGAGCUUCGACCUGCUGUACGCCACCCUGGAGGAGCGCAAAGGCCAGCUCCUGGAGCGGAUCGACCAGGAGGAGCAGAGCAAAGUGGCCUCGCUCAAGAACCUGGCAGAGCAGCACAAGCAGCAGCUGCAGCUGAGCAGCCGGCUGCAGGAGAAGCUGGCCCAGAACAUGCAGUCCAGCAGCGCCGCCGAGUUCCUGCUCGCCGCCAAGCAGCUGCAGGAGGAGGCGCGGCAGGCCGUCAGGGGGGCCCAGCUGCAGGGACCUGAGCCGGGCUACGAGGGCAUGGAGCAUCUGAGCGUGGACACCCAGGAGGCAGAGGUGCUGCUCGCUAGCAUGGACUUUAGAAAGGGGGGCGAGGAAAACCAGUAGGAGAAGACCGGUUCAUGAUGGAGGAAGACCAGGAGGAAAAGGCCGGUUCAUGGUGGAGGAAGACCCGUAGGAGAAGACCGGUUCAUGGUGAAGGAAGACCAGUAGGAAAAGGCCGGUUCAUGGUGGAGGAAGACCCGUAGGAGAAGACCAGAAAGUAAAAACAGGAAGGUUUUUGCUGCUUUUAUCAGACAAUUCAGGUACUUGAGGAGUCGUGCAAUCGUUUUUGCUCUUGACUUUUUAUACUUUUCUAUUUUUCUUGCACUCGUCACUCAAGUCUAGACAAAGUCUAGUCGGUAUAGAUUUUAUUUAUCGUGUUUGUCUCUUUGUAAAAACUGAAAACUUGAAAAUUCAGACUGAUUUAAUGUUGAAAUGUCUCUUUUGAAGGUGUGAAUAAAGUUUUAUUGGAUUGUUAA